AUGGCCUCCUACAGACCAGUUCACCGAUCUCCGCGACAGAGCUCAUACUCGAAACCACCCUUCCAAAAACCAAAGAAGUCAAAACAAAAUUUUUCUUUUUCUUUUUCAAUUCUUGUCUCUUUUUUCCUUUUUUCCCUUACGCUACCUAGCGGAUCGCAGUCCUCACACUCGGGUGUUUUGGCCUAGGGCCCGAUGCUGUUCUCACACCUCGUAGAAGGACGGGUUUUGCCCUAUGAGCCUACUCCGAGAAUCUAGGAGCCUCGAUUUCCUAAUCCCGAUAGGGUAAGCCUGUUGCCCUUCCUGCCCCACUUGAUGGAUGGUUGGGUAGUAUCAUAUCAUAUUAUCAUAAAUAAUUAUGAGUGAGAAUUGGGCCACUGGGCUGCUGAUACCAGUAGUUGCGUGAAGGUUAAUUGGUUCUUCCCAUCUUAGCCGCAGAGCCAGCUAGAUACCUCUCCUAAUAUCACGCCAUCGAGAGAGAAAAUACCUGUACUGCUGGUAGUUAGGCUUGGGAUUUUUACCCAGUGUUGGGACUAAAGUUAACAUAUCAUCACCAAACAUUGGAUGCCCUACUGGAGAAGACACCCCCUCGAGGGAUGAAUUAUAAACACUGAUCACUCCUACUACACAUUUAUUAGUAUGCUGGUAUGGGAACCAGACGAUGUGACCCUCUCUAAAUCCUACCUUACCCACGCCCGGGCCUGUGUGUCCUUUGCUCUUUUAUAUCACCAACCUUCUAACUUUGAUUAUCUCUCUAUGGAUGAAUGAAUUCUGUUAGUAGCUAUUAGAGCACCAUGGUAUAAUAUUAAAUGACUUAUGGUAGCCCCGUUUUGGGCAUUGCG